AUGGCAACAAGCUGCAUUCGAACAUGCUUGCUUCUCUGCCUCUUCUCCGUCAUACAAGGAGGGGCUUCGAACCCCUUCUGGCCGGAAGAGAACUGCAUGAAUCACAUUCAUUAUGGCGAGGCUUCGCCUACAGUACUCAACGGUCUCUCCGUGUUCAAGAACAACUCUGCAGGCGUGAACUUGUUCUCGUCGCAGUUUCAAAUGUUCGACUAUGGAGGAGGGAGGCACGCAGGGCCUCUCCUCAACGACUCCAGCACGCCAUGUCGCCUCACAGCGUACGUGGGCCGUCCCCUAGCCUUCACCGUGUACGCAGAGAGCCUUGAAGCAGACGUCUCAAUUUAUGUGCUGGAGGACCCUGGCGUUCCCAACGGAGCUCAGGUCACGGCCAACAGAAACUAUCAGAGGUGCGUCUCGGUUGGAGGCGCGUACCCUUGUCCCAUGUGCCAGAAUUUCGGCACGGCGACGUUCGGGUUCAAGGUGGUACCAGAUGCCUCUAUCGCCGCCUUCAUCGCCAACAAGGUUGACAGUGAGGUCAUCGCCAUGCGAACAUGGUGCUCAGCCGAUCAGGUGGGGAAGGCGGAGAGCAACCCAGGACGGCUCGUAGCUCGCACGCUCACGUGGACGCCGGGGCCGAGUCAGGCCGUUUGUUCCUCUCCCUCCACCUGCUCCUUCACCGUGAAGUUCCAGGCCUUCGACAGUGCGGGCAGGGGAUCGAGUGUCAAGACGGUGGUGAUCGACCUCGUGAAGCCGGCGCCGAGCUACUACGCGGGGACGGUGGGGAUGGUGAUAGGUGGGAGGACGGAGACGUUCACGGACCCUGUGAGCAUGCAGCAGUCUGUCGUUAGCUCCACCACCUUCGAGGCAACAGCCCAGUGGGUUCUGGACAGGAGGGAGUACAAGGCUUACAUCAACUGCCCCAUCCAGUUCGCCAUGGGGAUCUCAGACGCCAACUACGACGUCUACCUGGAGGACACGACCAAGAACAAGACUUGCACCGAUGUGACAAGCUUUUCCCUCACAGAGACUCCCUGGACGGACAGGCUGGGACGCACGUGCGACCAGUAUGUCCAGCUGGGGUUCUGCAGGGACGGAGCAGCAGGAGCCAACUUUGUGAGCGGGUUGGGGGGCUCAUUCUCUGCCUUUGCUCGGAUCGGAGGGCUCGCUGCUAAUCAGGCCUGCUGCGCUUGCGGGGCUGGAAGCAUCACGCCUUGCUCUUCCUCGUCGACCUCUGCUGCUUGCGAACCCACAUCGGCGGCAGAAGCGUAUCCCCGCCAUCAGUGCCUGUGGGAUCAAAUGAGCUGCAGAGGUACAGGAAGCGGGUUUUUCGUCUCUCCGGGAGAGCUGUCUCCUCCUUGGCGAGCUUUCUCGAACUCGCAGCAGGGGAACAAGGUGGUAGCUGUCUUCCAGUGGACUCCUCUGCGGGGAAUGGAGGGCCAGACGCAUCAGGUCUGCAUGCGCGGAAGCCACGUGGGAAAUUCUUCGAGCCUUGCUGAGGUCUGCGCUUUCCUCAAGGUUAUGAAAUGUUAUUAUUGUACGAGAGUCGGAGAGACUUUGAACUACGUGGCCGAGCAGUACAACUUCGACACCAACUGGCUGCGCCUGUGGAACUUCAAUCCGGACAUUCAGGAUCCGGACCUGGUCCUGCGAAACUAUCUGCCCGUCGUGAUCGGGUCAACGUACAAGGUGCAGCUGGGAGACACACUUUCAAGAGUCGCCGCAAGACUCCGCACAACCAUCAAGAAGAUCCUUGAAGUGAACCCUGACAUGACCAGCACUGAUCUCUUCAUCGAUCAGGAAAUCUGCGUCAUGCCAUGCACCGAGAAUCCUUAUGCGGCGGCCCCCCUGAACCCCUACAUCCCUCAGUCCAUCUUCGGCCUCUCCAGCUCCUUCGUGGAGCAGAUCCCGAGGAUCAGCAAGGACCCUCGUUUCCCUUAG